AUGGAGGAAGCUUCUGGCAGCUCCUCACAGAACCCACCCCUAGAACCAGAGCCUUGCCCAGCAGGACUGUGUCAGAGAGCUGGGCCGGUGCUCCCAACGGGCGUCUGCCACACUGGUGUUCCCCGGGGCUGCUGCCUGCCCACACGCCUGUGCGUAGGCCCAGGCUGGAGCCCUGUGCAGGCAGCCAGCAGCUCCCCCCUUGCAAAGGCAGGAAAGCCUGCUGCAGCAUCCUGCCUUCUCGCCUCCCCGAAGCGCUGCCCUCCUCGGCGCCAAUGGCUGCUGAAAGCAACUUUGUACAUUCUUCAUAAACAAUCAAAAAUACUUCAGAGAUACCCAAAGACUACUGAAAUUUUUUCCCUUAAGGGAAAAGCAUUUAAAAGGAAAACCACCAACCAAAGCACUUUAUGUGAACAGACCUCCCCCGAGUGCCAAACCCAGACCGGCUCUGGAGCGAAUGGCACUGACCAGGCAGCGGCAAACUUCCCCGCAGCCCCAGCCCUGGCAGAAGCCACGGGCGGGAGAAGUCCCAUCAGCGCACCCAAGCCACCGGCGGGAAGCCGGAGAUUUGGACUCAGGAACGCUGAGAGGGAGCACGAGAUGAAACUCGCACCGGGGACGCAGGAGCAGGGGCGUUCUCAGACAGCAGCUUCGAAAAACAAAUUCAUGCAGCCAGGUAAAGUGAUGCCCAAGUCCUUGCAGAACCUGACUUCCAGCAAAAGGGCAGUGGUUCGCCAUGACAUGCCAGUGGGUCCAGCCCAUUAUUACUGGGCUGUCUGGUUUCACAUGUGCUCUUUGUCACCUGGAAAUCACAUCUUUUCACUUGCUCUCAAAGGUGGCUUGCUGACCAUGGAACAGGAUAACACACCUGCCAGUGUUCGUUGCAUCCAUAAUGAUGUCGUGGUACCAGACUUCUCUGCCUAUCGUCGUCAAGACGUGCUAGAUGCCACCACGUCUUCUCAAGGCAGCAGUGAGGCCAGAAAAGGGUUUUCCUACCUGAUGACUGCAACAACAUGUGUAGCAACUGCGUAUGCUGCUAAGAAUGUUGUCACCCAGUUUAUUUCCAGCCUGAGUGCCUCUGCUGAUGUGCUAGCGCUGUCAAAGAUUGAGAUCAAGUUGUCCGACAUUCCAGAAGGCAAGAACAUGGCUUUCAAGUGGAGAGGGAAGCCCCUUUUUGUGCGGCACAGAACCCAGGCAGAGAUUAAUCAGGAAGCUGAAGUUGAUGUGUCUAAACUGAGGGAUCCACAGCAUGACUUAGACAGAGUAAAGAAACCAGAAUGGGUCAUAUUAGUAGGCGUCUGCACUCAUCUUGGCUGCGUACCCAUUGCUAACUCCGGAGAUUUUGGUGGUUAUUACUGCCCUUGCCAUGGGUCCCAUUAUGAUGCCUCUGGCAGAAUCAGGAAAGGUCCCGCUCCCUAUAACCUUGAGGUUCCAACCUACCAGUUUAUUGGUGAUGAUAUGGUGGUUGUUGGCUGAGUAAUGUGGUGCUUGCUCGCUUUGAAGUUCCUGUGAAUGUCUGCUCAACAGGGUUAACUGAGAUUCUAGAAUACUGUAAUAUCAGAUGAUCCUGGAAACAUACUAGCUGUCUAGAUUGUCAAGCAGAAGUAUGUUCGAAUACUUUCCUGUGUUCAAUUUUAAUAAAAACUUGGAGUGAGCACUUGU